CGCACAACGCGCACGCUCCCGCGCCAGGUCCAACGAUGAGCGCCUUAGCAGCCGUCCGCGGCGCGCCCGCGGUCGCCGCCCGCGCGGCGACCGCGCCCUCCGCGUCCUCGCGCCGCGCGCCCGCGGGCCCGCGCGCGUCCCUCCCCGCGCGCCGCGCGGCGGUCGCCGGGACGCCGCUCGCCAUGAUCUCUCGCGGCGCGGCGUCGAGACGCGCGGCGAGCGGGUCCCGCCGCCGCGUCCUCACGCGCGCGGACGCGGUCCCCGAGAGCGAGGGCGCGGGCUCCAUGUUCGAGUCGCAGUUCAAGAAGGUGGCGAACGACAGCGUGAUGAUCGACCCCGUCGUCGGCGCCAAGCGCUUCAGCAACUACUUCUGGGCCGGCGUCGUCUCCAUCGGCGCGACGGGGUUCCUCAUCACCGGCGCGUCGUCGUACAUCGAGCACAACCUGCUCUUCUUCCUGGACGCGAGCGAGAUCAAGUUCUUUCCGCAAGGGCUCGUCAUGAGCUUCUACGGCGUCGCCGGCUCGCUGCUCGCGACGUACUUGUGGCUCACGAUCAACUGGGACGUCGGCGCGGGGUACAACGAGUUCAACAAGGAAGAAGGCAUCAUGCGCAUCUUUCGCUACGGCUUCCCCGGGAACAACCGGAGGAUCAACCUCGUGUCGUCGCUCGCGGACGUCCAGGCUGUGCGCGUGGAGAUAUCCGACGGCGUGAACCCGAGACGGGUGGUGUACGUCCGGUGCAAGGGGAAGAGCGACAUUCCGCUGACGAGGAUCGGGCAGCCGCUCACGCUCGCUGAGGUGGAGAAGCAAGCCGCGGACCUCGCGAAAUUUUUAGGCGUCCCGAUCGAGGGGCUCUGAGCGAGCCGUCGCGGACGGGACGACGGACGGACGGUCGGACGGAUGAUUUUUUACAGCGCAAGCGCGUCGGAAGAGAUAAUACUAGUAUAUACAAGAACACGUCAUAAAUACACCACCACGGAAGU